AUGGCACUUAAGUUGAAUUUUAAAAAAGAUGAGUUGAUUAUGAUUGCUCAGGAAUUAGGUUUAAUAAUUCCAGAUAAUCCUAAAAUAGUAGAUUUAAAGCUCUUAAUUGAAAAUAGUGAUAUAGUUAAAACUGAUAUUGAGUUUGUGCGUGAUCUAAUUGGGCAUGUUUUAGAGGAAAAAAAGGAAAGGUUAGAAAAAGCUAAACAAGAAUCGGAACAGGAAAUAGAGUUAGAAAGAUUAAAGUUAGCUCAAUUAGAAAAACAGUUAGAGUUGGCAAAAAUUAGUGGUAACCUAGCUAAUGCACCUCAGACUACAGUGAAUGGCGAAACAGAUUCAGAUAGUUUGGAAAGUUUAAUCAAAAGUGUUAAGGUUUUAACAAUUUCAGUGCUGGCUAAGUCAGAAUCGUUUAAUUUAUUUUUCAAUUUGUUAGAAAAAGCAUUCGAAAAUAAAUCAGUGCCUAAUAAAUAUAAAGCCGAAAUUCUGUUAAAUCUUUUAGGAGAUAGAGUUAAUAAUUUAUUAGUGUAUGUUAGUCAGGGAGAUUUGUGUGAUUACGAAAAGUUAAAAAAUUUGGUUUUAAAAGAAUUUGAACCUACUCCCCAAGAAUGCCUGAAUAAUUUUAAAAGGGCUAGAAAAUUACCGUCUGAAAGUUAUGUCCAGUUUGCUUCUAGACUAUGUGCAUCCUUUGACUAUUACUGCCAAAUACGUAAAGUUACGGAUUUUAAAUCUUUAUGCGAUCUUAUUGUUUCUGAUAAAAUUUUCGAAACCCUUGAUCGGGAAUUAAUGACUCACAUUGGGAUUAAGCAAGGUGAAACCUUUUUCUUACCUCACCAACUUGGACGUGAAUGUGAUAUUUACUUAUCAUCGAGAGGUAAAGGUACAAAUGAGUUAAUCAAUCGGAAUAGUGCUGGUGAAAUAAAACGCGUGGGAGGAAAUAAAUUUCAGAAGUAUUCCCCUUUGCGUGCUGACAAAAAUAUAUCUAAAGUGUUUGUUGCGGAGACUAAUAAUUCGAAGUGUGUUCUGUGCAGAAAUAUACAUCCCCUCGCUACCUGCCCCCAAUUUAAGACUAUGUCAGUAUAUGAGAGAAUUGAGGUAUUGAAAGGGAAUAAUCUUUGUUUUCGUUGUUUCGCACCCCACAGGUUAAGUGAAUGCCCUUCAAAGAAAAACUGUUUCUGCUCUAAGCCUCAUCAUACGAUGAUUCAUUUCCCGCGUGAAUAUUUUAAUCAUCCCACUUCUCAAUUCAAAUUAGAUGCCCCAGCUUUCGUUCCAAGGAAGAAAGAGGAAACUUCGGAAGUGACAUCGCAACCGCAAAUUGUAGCGACUAGCCUUGAGAAAAACAAACCUAAAAACGUACUUCUGAGUACAGUUCGCGCACAUGUUAAAAAUAAAUUUUCUGAGUGGAUUGAAGUUAGAUGUUUGCUGGAUGUUGGGUCUCAAUCAUGUUUGUGUACUAAGGCGUGCGCGCAGAGGUUGCAAUUAAAAUUGGAGAAAAUAAAUACCGUGGUUUCGUGUGUUAAUGAUGCAACUAUGGUAGUGAACAAUUGUGUUAGAACUUUAGUGGCAAAUAAGGAUAAGAGUUUUGUUAGAGAAUUAUCGAUGCUAGUGGUUGACAAAAUUACUGAUCUCAUUCCAAAUAGAAUAAUUGAUGUGGAUGGUAGUGUUUCAGAGUUCGUGUCAUUAGCUGAUAAUAAUUUCAACAAACCUGAGAAAAUUGAUAUGUUAUUAGGUGCGGAGGUGUUUUACGAAUUGUUGAGGCCAGAACGAUUUUAUGCUCAAAAUUCCAAAUUGUUGUUGCAAAAUACUGUGUUUGGUUUUGUCGUGAGUGGCAGCGUUGAUCAGGUAGAAGAUGUUGGUCAUGUUCAUUGUGGGUUGAUUCUUGACGAUGACUUGAAUAAAACUUUAAAACGAUUUUGGGAAAUUGAAAAUGUCGAAGUAGAAAUUGCAAAGGAUACAGAGGCGUCUUUUUGUGAGGAUCAUUUUGUAAGCACCCAUAGAAGAAAUGCCGAUGGUAGAUAUGUAGUUGCAAUGCCCUUGAGUAAGGAUCCGUCGUGUCUUGGACAGUCUAAGAACAUAGCUUUGAGGCAACUUAAUUGUUUGUGGAAGCGUUUGUCUAGGGACUCAGAGUAUUUGUCGUUAUAUACGGAUUUCUUGCGUGAGUAUGAGGAACUGGACCAUUUGGAAAAGGUGAUUGAAGAAAGUGAGCCGCCCACACAUUACUACAUACCACACCAUGGAAUAUUACGCCCUGAUAAAUUGACUACUAAGAUGAGAGUCGUCUUCAAUGCUUCAUCUCCUACUACAACAGGCCUAAGUUUGAAUGACAUUUUAAUGAAAGGUGAAGUAAAGGAAGAUGUGUUUGAAACAAUUUCUCGUUUUAGAAGGCACAAAUAUGCCUUUACUACGGACAUAAAAAAGAUGUAUAGACAAAUCUUGAUAGAUCCGGAUCAAAGAGACCUUCAGAGAAUAGUGUGGAAGCCUGGACUCGAUGCUGAAGUUUCAGUUUACAGAUUGAAAACAGUAACUUACGGAAUGUCCAAUGCCCCCUUCCU